AUGAGCAAGGAUGACAAGCACCACCGCCACGAGCACCACCUGCGUCGCUGCUGCGGCUGCCUGGGGUCGUGCCUGCUGGCGCUGGUCCUCAUCGUCGCCUUCGCGGCGCUGGUCAUCUACCUCGCCCUCCGCCCUUCCAAGCCGUCCUUCUACCUGCAGGACCUGCAGCUGCGGCGGCCCAUCUCGCUGGGCGACCCGUCGCUGACGGCGUCGGCGCAGGUGACGCUGGCCUCCCGCAACCCCAACGAGCACGUGGGCAUCUUCUACAAGCGCCUGGACGUGUUCGUGACCUACCAGAACGAGGCGGUCACGGUGCCCGUGUCGCUGCCGCCGCAGUACCAGGGCCACCGCGACGUCACCGUCUGGUCCCCCGUGCUGUCGGCCGAGUCCGUGCCCGUGGCCGGCUACGUCGCCGACGCCCUGAAGCAGGACGUCGCGGCCGGGUUCGUCGCGCUGCAGGUCAAGGUGGACGGCCGCGUCAAGUGGAAGGUCGGCAGCUGGGUCUCCGGCAGCUACCACCUCUUCGUCAGCUGCCCCGCCGUGCUCUCCGCGGGGUACCCCGGCGUCGUGGGCGGCGGCGGCAACAACACCGUGUCGUCGCUCAAGUUCGCGCAGCCCACAGGAUGCAGCGUCGAGGUGUGA